AACAUUUUCACAGCUAGUCAUACAUUCAUCAUGGCGGAUCCUAGAGAAAAAGCAAUAACCGAUUACCGGAAGAAAUUGCUUGAACACAAGGAAUUAGAUGCCCGAUUGAAAGAAAUGAGAGAGCAUCUGAAGGAGCUAACCAAGAAAUAUGACAAGUCUGAAAAUGAUCUGAAGGCUCUACAGAGUGUUGGUCAGAUUGUAGGUGAGGUCUUGAAGCAACUGACUGAAGAAAAAUUCAUUGUAAAGGCAACGAAUGGGCCUCGCUAUGUGGUAGGCUGCAGACGAGGUCUUGAUAAAACGAAGCUCAAGCAGGGUACAAGGGUAGCUCUCGAUAUGACAACAUUGACUAUCAUGAGGUACCUACCCCGUGAGGUUGAUCCAUUAGUGUAUAACAUGUCUCAUGAAGAUCCUGGUGAUAUCUCCUACUCAGCCAUCGGUGGUCUAGCUGAACAGAUCAGAGAACUCAGAGAGGUUAUCGAACUCCCGCUGUUGAAUCCGGAACUGUUUGAAAGAGUUGGAAUCACACCACCCAAAGGCUGUCUGUUGUAUGGUGCACCAGGAACUGGGAAGACCUUGCUUGCGAGGGCAGUUGCCAGUCAGCUGGAUGCAAAUUUUCUCAAGGUUGUUUCCAGUGCUAUAGUAGACAAGUAUAUUGGAGAGAGUGCCCGGCUGAUCAGGGAGAUGUUUGCCUACGCCAGGGAUCAUGAACCGUGUGUUGUCUUCAUGGAUGAGAUCGAUGCUAUAGGAGGUAGGAGAUUCUCAGAAGGCACCUCGGCUGAUAGAGAGAUCCAGAGAACUCUUAUGGAGUUGUUGAAUCAGAUGGAUGGUUUUGACACUCUCGGUAAAGUAAAGAUCAUUAUGGCAACCAACAGACCUGAUACGUUAGAUCCUGCUCUUCUUAGACCGGGUAGACUUGAUAGGAAGAUUGAAAUUCCACUUCCUAAUGAGCAAGCCAGACUGGAGAUUCUAAAGAUCCAUGCAGCUCCCAUUACAAAGCAUGGCGAUAUAGAUUUUGAAGCUGUAGUGAAGCUCUCAGAUGGAUUCAAUGGUGCUGAUCUCAGGAACGUUUGUACAGAAGCAGGUAUGUUUGCUAUCAGGGCAGAACGAGAGUAUGUGGUGGACGAGGACUUCAUGAAGGCGGUCAGGAAAGUCUCAGAUAACAAGAAACUGGAAACCAAACUAGAUUAUAAACCCGUAUAAUAAUAAUACAUGAACCGUAGUAUUAUUUUCCUUAUAUAAUGUAAUGGUUGUCUAGACUAUCAUUUAUUGCCUUCAGUCGAAUGUAGGUGGUAGAGACUUUAAAAAAAGAAUCUAAAGAAAAGUUUUCAUACUGCAGUUACGAUCUCCAGCUUCAGAGUGCAGGGCCCAUUCCAUGUGUUGAACUCUCCAGGGUCCUGUUACUUAAUGCUUAGUGACUGAUCAUACAAUUGAUGUUUGUGAUUCAUUCUACAUUAUGGUCAAUGCAAUCAGUCAUGAAAAUUUGUUUUAGGAUCAAUUGCUUAGCUUUGUGUUAUGGAGCCCAGGCGGGUGCAUCAUAAAGCUGCUCGUAAGUUGAGAGCGACUUUAAGAACGACUGGUGAUCCUUUCUUGUGGUAAAUGAUAUUCACCAUCAAAUGUUUAUUGAUGAUUAUGUAGCGCGUAAGAAAGGUUCACUAGUCGUUCUUAAAGUCGCUCUUAACUUACAAACAGCUUUAUGAAACAGCCCCCAGACCCUCAUAUUUGAUCUAUUGCACCUGGCUAUGAAAUAGAUGCAAGACGUCAUCAGUGAUCUUUCUAUAUUUGUGUUAUGGAAAAUUCUUUUAAAACUUUGGUUUCAGAUGCUGAAAAUCUCGAAUACUUUCCAUAUGGAGACUUUUUAUUAUGUGUAAAGAGAAUGAGCCAGUAACAAUGAAUAAUUGAAUUAUAAAAUUAUGUCAGGUAUAUAUUUGUGAUUUCAAGUUUGGUGUUGGUGCUGGGUUCCAUUUCAUAAAGAGUUGUAUUUCUUUAACAAAUUUACUUUCAGCCAAUCAGAUUGGCAGAUUUCGGAAGGUUUUAACUGUUAUUGCAAAUUUGUUGUAAUUACAAGUUAUAUGAAAUGGGAUCCACAUGUUGGAACCAAUAUACAUUGCCUCCCAGUCCCAUAGCUCAACACUAAGCCAAACUUGUCCCAAGAUUGGUCUCAUUGGCCCGAAUUCACAAAAGUGGUUUUGAAACCCUACGGUUGAAUCCAUGGUUUAUGCAGAUUUCCUGUAUAAUUUACGCUUGAUAAUUUAGCGCGUGUGUAAAAUAUGUCCAAUGCUGGUGCGCUCUUUUGUCACAGUGCGCCAAAUUGAUGCCUGUCACCAUGAUUAGAUACGCAAUUUUAUUCAUGAGUCCACUGUUUGAAGAGUGGACUCAUUAUUCAAAACAGUGGACUCAUGAAUAAAAUAGCGUGGAUAACCACGGCAACAGGCGUCAAUUUGGCGCACUGGCAAAAGCGCGCAUCAGCAUUGGACAUUUUUUAGUAUACGAGGUAAAUAAGAAUAAUUUAUACAGGAAAUCUGCAUAAACCAUGGACUCAACCGUGGGUUUUCAAAACCACCUUUGUGAAUUCGGGCCAGUGUGAUUUUGGUGCUGUGCUGAUGUAAAACUUAACCAAAAACAAUGCCAAUUGGUCAACACCGAACUUGAGUAUGGAUGGAUCGACGGCAGGCUUUAGGGUCAAAUUUGAAACUUUUGUCCGGCUGUCUCUUGACUUGGGUCUCACAGUUUCUGAUUUAUCCCUGGGGGGUGUGUUAUUAAGUUGUGUAUGACUUUAUGCAGGACUGGAACACGUUCUUAAGAGCCAAGUCAGCUGCACAGCCCGGGAGUGACCACUUACAUUGACGAGUGGAUACCAUGCGCGACCAAAAAGCUACGUGUUUAGGGUCAAAUUUGCGAGGGUAUAAAAAAUACUAAAAUGUUUUAUAAAGGAUGUACUUUUUGCCCCAUCAACACUAGGUGUUUAGAGCUGAUUUUAUGUAGGUAAUGGUAAAACGACGACCGACACGUAACUAAAAUAUCGCUGUACUUGUUUAAGGGUUUAAUUCAGGAAAUACUUGCCAAUAGUAUAGUUUUGUUUCCAACACUUGAUAAGGGUAGGUUUUCACACGCCAAUACUUGUUAAGGGGUGCAUUUUCAGAAUAUGGAAAAUACUUGUUUAGGGUGCUUUUCGAGACCCCAUGGUCGCGCAUGGUAUCCACUCGCCAAUGGAAGUGGCCUCCGGGGCUGCACAGUAAGGAUAUAUCAUUAAGCACGAGAACAGGCCGCCAUGCAUGUGUAAAGUCAUGCACAACUUUAAACCAACAGCUUUAUGAAAUGCCCCCCCCCCCCCGUAUUUCAUUAUUGGAAAGUUACUCAUGGUAAUACAAUCCAUUGCCAGUGUCUCCCAAAUGUAUUUUGGAGAAGUGGAUUUGAAUUGUCAUUAUUUUAAUUUCCCAAUAUGAAUACAUCUCCCUCUGUCUGCAAAGUGAUAUAAGUUUUGUACACCAAGAGCUUUAUACCUUCCAUAGUUAUCUUGAAGAAAAAAGCUGUCCCAGGUGUAUUUGUGGAGAAUAAAAUUAAAAUGGAAGAAUACUUGUUUUCAUUAUCAAUAAAACAAAAUUAUUUUAAUUGUUGCAUUCUAUUGAAGUAAAAUGUAUUGUUUACGUUUUGUUUAUCCGUUGUAAGAAAUAAAAUGUCUGUACAUUAAAA